AUUAAAAAAUCGACAUUUAGAUUUCUGUAGCAACACAAAGCAUUGAAAGUUAUUUUUUUUAUUCAUUUUUUACAUUUGUUAUUUGUUUGGCCUGGAGAGUGGAACUAGAACAACGAAAUUGUAAAAUGUCUGAAAUAGAAGCACCGCAAAUAAUAGCAGAAUCUUUGGUCCAACAGGGUGUUGAAUAUGUCUUCGGCAUUAUUGGUAUCCCUGUUGUGGAGCUCUCCAUGGCUUUCCAAGCUGCUGGUUUAAAGUAUAUUGGCAUGCGAAAUGAACAGGCUGCCUGUUAUGCUGCUCAAGCCAUUGGCUACCUUACUGGCAAGCCAGGAGUCUGUCUAGUGGUAUCUGGUCCUGGUUUAUUGCAUGUUACUGGUGGCAUGGCCAAUGCCCAAGUCAAUUGCUGGCCCUUAAUCGUUAUUGGUGGUGCCACCAAUGAGGAUCACGAGGGUAUUGGUGGUUUCCAAGAAUGCAAUCAGGUGGAGUUAUCCCGUCCCUAUUGCAAAUAUGCUGCUCGUCCUCCUACUGCUGCUCUCAUUCCUUUGCAUGUUGAAAAGGCUGUGCGUUACACCACUUAUGGGCGUCCUGGUGUGGCCUAUUUAGAUUUCCCUGGCAAUUUAUUGCAAUCCAGAGUUUCCGAGGAGAAAAUCUACAAGACUUUGGCCCACCCUGCUGCUCCUUUGGUUUAUCCACCACAUGAUGAUGUCAUACGUGCUGUUAACUUGUUGCGCUCAGCCAAACGUCCUUUGGUGAUUGUGGGCAAGGGUGCGGCUUAUGCUCAUGCUGAAAAUAUUCUUCGUCAUUUUAUUGAGAAUACCAAUUUGCCAUUUUUGCCAACGCCCAUGGGAAAGGGUGUGGUACCUGAUACCGCUGCCCAAUGUGUGUCUUCGGCACGUACUUUGGCUUUGCAAAAGGCCGAUGUAGUGCUGUUGAUGGGAGCUCGUUUGAAUUGGAUUUUGCAUUUUGGACGUCCACCACGUUACGAUAAGGAUGUUAAGUUUAUUCAGGUUGAUAUUUGCCCCGAGGAAUUGCAUAACUCCGUCACCGCUUCUGUAGCUAUUCAGGCGGACAUCAGACCUUUUGCCGAACAGAUUUUCGAACAAAUGAACGCCAUCAAUUUCCGUUUCUCCAAUGACAAUGACUGGUGGCAGGUGUUGUCAUCGAAAUGCCGCCAAAAUCGUGAAGCUGUCCACCAAAUGGCCAUGAAUACAUCCACACCUUUGAAUUAUUAUACAGUAUUCCAUCAUUUGCGUGAGCUGAUUCCCAGUGAUGCCAUUAUUGUCAGCGAAGGUGCCAAUACCAUGGACAUUGGCCGUUCUAUGCUUUUGAAUACUUUGCCACGUCAUCGAUUGGAUGCUGGAACGUUUGGAACCAUGGGUGUAGGUCCAGGUUUUGCAAUUGCUGCCGCUCUAUUCUGCCGCGAUCGUUUCCCGGGAAAGCGUGUGAUUUGUGUGGAGGGUGACAGCGCUUUUGGUUUCUCCGGCAUGGAAAUUGAGACUAUGGUUCGUUACCAGUUGCCUGUAACAAUUGUGAUUGUUAACAAUAAUGGUAUCUAUGGAGGAUUUGAUCUGGAGACAUUUGAAGCUAUACGCAGUGCUGGCGAUUUGUCACAAGUAACUCCACCCUCGGCCUUGGGCGUUCAAGUGCGCUAUGAAGAAAUGAUGAAAAUGUUCGGUAUGAAGGGUCACUUCUGCCAGACCAUACCCGAACUGCAAGAAGCUGUAAAGGCAUCGCAAAAGCUUUCCGAUAAGCCAACCAUUAUAAAUGUGGCCAUCAGUCCGUCAUCGGAUAGAAAGCCACAAUCAUUCAAUUGGCUCACCGAAUCCAAAUUGUAAAAAUUCUAAAUCUAAGCAGCAGUGUUUUGUUACAAGUAUUUUAGUAAAACCGUUAGGAAAAGUAAGGCCAAAUGAAAAUGUCGACGACGACGACGACUAUGACGAUGUAUUUGGUCAGGUAUUUUGCACAAAUAAAAGUAAAUUAUUUUUCAUUCUUGUUCUUAAGACUAUGUAUGUAUGUAUGUAUGGUGGUUAGGGUGUACUGACAAAGAAGAAAUUUGUAAAAUGGUUUUUAUUGAGUAUACAACAACAAAACAUAAAAGUGUAAAACAUUCCUCCUCCUCCUCUUAAUCCCAAAUUUUAAAAUAGUUAAAUGACCGUUGUUUUUAAUGAUUCACGAGAAAAUAAAAAUUGUUUACAAUA